AUGACAGCUGCCAGUAGCAAAAAGAUUUGUGCUUUGCAUAGAUCGUUGGGCGCCAAAAAGAAAUCGAAUGCCGAUCCUUGGUAUUGUGACCGUGUACAUCUUACAAAGUUUUCUUAUAAAUGGAAAAUAGAAAAAUUCAGUAAAUUUCGAGACAAAAUAACAUCGCCAAUAUUUGCCGCAACCGAGGAGAGCAACAUCAAAUGGCAGCUUAUAUUAUCGGACAAUGAUGGAAAUAUUGUUAUGCUCUUGAAAAUGACUUGCAGUGAUCAGACGCGGGUAAAGUUCAAUUUCAAAUGCUACAUACUGAAAACGAAUGGAGAACUAGACAAUUGCCUAGGUAAAUGGAAUGGCACCGGCACAUCGAAUGGGGCUUUUAUGUUUCCUCGCAAUGUGGCAAUUGCUGAGUUACAGAAUCCCUCCAGAGGCCUCUUACACAAUGAUGCUUUAAUCUUAAUCUGUGAUAUGACAGUGAUAAUCGAUAUACUCGACAGUUCACCUUGUGAUACUACGGGGCUAAAUAAUAUUGACUUGAAAUUGCAGGAAGGUAUAUCGCAACUCCUGACUUCGGGAAAAUUUAGCGAUGUUGCUUUAAAGGUCUCAGGGAAACUGUUUAAGGCCCACAAGUCUAUUUUGAGUUUGCGCAGUGAUGUCUUCGCCGCCAUGUUCGAUCAUGAUUCAAUGAUGGAGAAUACCACCAAUCAAAUUGUCAUAAAGGACUUUAAUCAUCAGGUUAUUGGGGAAAUGCUUACCUUCAUAUACACCAACAAGGCGCCCCAUAUUGAAGAAAUGGCUAUCGAUCUAUUGGCUUGCGCCGAUAAAUAUGCUCUGACCUAUCUCAAAAUUAUGUGUGAAUUCGUAUUGUAUCGUGAAAUAACAAAUCAGAAUGCCCUAGCCACACUAGUCCUGGCUGAUCGUUAUUCAGCUGCCACAUUAAGAGCGAGAUCCAUACAUUUUGUCAAGGCUCAUCUGGAGGACAUAAUGAAGUCGGAGGAAUGGCCCACCAUGGUCAGAAAUUAUGGACCAAUCAUUGAGGAGAUUGAGGCCUACAAUGGAUGCAUAUAA